AUGUCUCCUACCGGUAGCAUUCCAACCUCCGCCUCAUCUCUGGUCGCAGCUGCAAAUGCCGCCAUUUCACCGGCAACCGCCAAAAUGGAAAACGACAGUUUCAAGAAACGUAAAAUCUCUGAAACUACGGAGGACAUUACGACAAUCGCUCGAACCUUUCUGGAAACGGCUUCUCCGUCCUUGUUGACAGUCUUGCAAGCACAUUCUGAUAAAAAGUCAGGAGAAGAUCGAUUGAUCAAAAUUGGACGAAUUGUCUUUGCGACCGUACUUCGAUACGGAUCGAAUGGCACCAACGCUGAUCCAACCAAGCUGGAAGCAGCAUUGAUAUUGGUGGCAGAAGAAGCCAAUCAAUUGGCAACUAUUCUCGAGGGAAAGACGACCAAAAAGGUACCGACGGUUCGAUUCGGCAAGACGGAAUUGCAAAUGCCUAUUGUCACGUUGGGAUGUAUGCGCUUUCAACAAUCUUGGAAUCGCGGCGAUGCAAACACGGUAUUGGACAUGACUCAAGUACAAGACGAGUGCCAAGAAAACUUGGUCCAGAUUCUUCGUUAUGCUUUCCAAUGUGGAGUGACUCACAUCGAGACGGCCAAGGGAUACGGAAGUUCCCAGUUGCAGCUCGGUUUCGCCUUGAAGCAACUUUUCGACUCGGGAGAAAUCAAGCGUGAGGAUCUCAUUAUUCAAACCAAGCUUCCAGUUGGAACCAAUACCCCGGCAGCGUAUCGAGAUGCCAUCUUGCAAAGCAUCAAAUUGUUGCAAUUGGAUUACAUUGAUCUCUUUGCAGUGCACGGGCUCAACCUUCAAUCCGACUACGAUGCCCUCUUUGACAAUCCAAAGGGAAACGCGUGCGAAGGUCUUACCGAAUUGAAACAAAAGGGCAAGAUUCGACACAUUGGAUUCUCGUCUCAUGCUCCUGCCGCACUCAUUCAAAAGGCAAUUGAAACUGACUUCUUUGACUAUGUCAACUUGCAUUAUCAAUGGUGCGGGUCGUACACUGCCUCUGGAGAUCUAGAAGAAGCGGGAAAUCUUUCCAAUAUCCGCUUGGCCCACAAGAAAGAUAUGGGAAUCUUUAUCAUUUCAGUCUAUGAUAAGGGUGGUAAAUUGUACAUGCCAUCCAACAAGCUUCGCGAUUUGUGUUUGCCAGAUAUGGAACCCAUGACAUAUGGAAGCAUUUGGUUGUGGCAACACGAGACCUUUGAUGAUGACAAAGCUCCGACUCACACGUUCACGGUGGGUGCUGCGAGACCAAGUGAUCUCGACCAGCCCAUUCUAUCGUCUCUGGCCUUAGCGGACAACCCAAAUGACUUGGCCGAACGUCGAGAAAGGAUCACUACCCGUUUGAAUCAAGCCAUGGUAGAUGCAUUGGGACAGGAAUGGAUGGAUACCUGGCACCGGGGAGUGCCAAAUGCCUACGAGUCCAAAUACCAGACCCAUCACACUUUUCUGGUUUGGUUGCACAACCUAAUCAAAGGAUGGGGAAUGGUGGACUUUGCCAUAGAUCGAUAUGAACCAACUGCAAACUUUCUCAAGAACUGGAGUGUUGACAAGACCAAGGAGGAAAACAUGAAGAAGAUGGGUGGCGGAUUUGGAUGGAUGCCGGGUGUCGCAGUCACUUCUUCUCUGGAUUAUACUCCCGACUUUGCAAACUGCCCAGAGGAAAACAAGAAACGUUUGAUGGAAGCCAUUCAGUUUGUCGAUGAGUGGGCAUCAAAAACAGCCGAGGGAGAAGAACCGAAGAAACGCCCAGAUGAUUGGGAAGCCGCCUUUGACAUGCGACCAUGGACGGCCUUCCCAGAGAGAAAGGAGACACCCUUAAGCAAGAGACUAAAGCAUUGA